AUGUCUCUUAUCUAUCCGAAUCAGGCACGCUCUACGACCGAAGUACACCUGCCGAGUGGACCAGUCAACAUCAACCAAGCUCCCCAAGACGACAACGUCGCAGAGCCAUUCAUUGACAUCGCCGCACUGACCGUUACCUUUGUUCUCAUGGGAGCCUUCAUCGCCGUCCUCUUCUACGCCUGGCGAACGAGAUGUGACGGCCGACGAAACGCAUGCGGAGCCUGCCACAAGCGACAACACAGCAAUCUGAGCUACCGCGAUGAUGACCUGGAGGACGCCGGCCUCAUCUUCGAUGGAAAGGACGUGGCUGGCAAACAAGACUAG